AUGCUAUCCAGCGUGGUUCGAUAUCUAGGAGCUCUCCUCCUCCUGGUGUCAGUUGCGCACGCUCAGUUUCAAUUCUUUGACCACAUGUUUGGUGGUGGCCAGGAGCGCCAACAAGCAUCGCAGCAGAACGUCCCUAGCGAUAGUUCACGCUACCAGAGCAUGUGGGAAGGAGCUCGAUGCAAUAAAUAUUUAUGCCCCGAUACGCUUGCAUGUGUUCACUUUCCGCACCACUGUCCCUGCCCACAUCCAAAUGUCGAGGAAAAGUUCGAGCUCGGUGAAGGCAGCGCUGUCUGUGUUUCGCGAGGGGGGUAUAAGCCCGGAGAAGCUGCGCGGAAGGUUGAGUUAGCUCGGAAAGGGCUUCUAUAA